AUGGACAGUCAGAUAUUGUUUUUAAUGAGUAUCUGUAUCAUCCUGAAACAGCUGAUCGAUGCCGCGAUCCACCUGGAGAGCAGCCACAUCUUCCACCGAGACAUCGAGCUUGCAAACAUCUUGAUAGAGACCGGCUCAGACGUACCUCGUCUCCGUCUGCUUAACUUCAGUUUGAGCUGCUUUGUUGAGAAGACGUCCUGUUUUAACGUCUUCCACAGCAUGCCUCAACACAUCCCACCAGAGUUCGACAGUCGCAACACCUACGUGGCUGAAUGCAAGGAAUUCCUGCAAAUGUGCGUCUCUGAGAUCCCAAAGCAGCAGCCGACAGUGCAGGAGCUACGGUGUCAUCCAUGGCUCAGACAAACCCACAACACACCCUCAAACCCACACCGACCACACAGCAACUAG